AGAGCCAGCUGUAAGGAGUGGGAGCAGCGUGGCUGGGAAGGCUGAGCUUUGGGCUGGCCUCUCCGCAGGUGGUUGCCACCUUGGCCACGGAAGAGAGGGGAGCAGGGGGUUGGACGCUUUGUUGCUUCCUUGGCAAGGGCGGGGUCGAAGUGAGACAGGAGAUCCCUGGAGGUGAAGGCGAGGGACCUGCCCCGGCGCUGACCUUGGAAGGGGAAGCGCCUGCGUCUGGAGGGCGCGAAGGCAGGCGGGGAGAGGCGAGGCGCCAGGCAGGAGCGCGCUGCCCGAUCCUCUCUUUUUCGCCUCAGAGGGGCGGUGGCUGGAUGGGUCCGGUUGCCCGGGAAGAAGGAGGAGGAGGAGGAGGAGAAGCCACGCUCCGGAGCUGGCGGCCAGCCCCGACCCCAGGCGCCUUCCACGCAGGAAGAGGGAGGCGGCGCCCCCGCAGCAAGCACGGAUUCAUUAUUUGAGAUGCUGCCCUUAACUGGCAAAACAAUAGUAUUUGAUAGCUUUCCUGAUCCUUCGGAUACCUGGGAAAUCGUUGAGACAAUUGGCAAAGGAACGUAUGGCAAAGUGUUUAAAGUGUUCAACAAGAAAAAUGGGAGCAAAGCAGCUGUCAAAAUCUUGGAUCCAAUUCACGAUAUUGAUGAAGAGAUUGAAGCCGAAUACAACAUUUUGAAAGCACUUUCUGAUCAUCCAAAUGUGGUCAAAUUCUAUGGACUGUACUACAAAAAAGAUGCAAAAGAUGGAGAUCAGCUCUGGCUGGUUUUGGAACUGUGUAAUGGAGGAUCGGUAACUGAUCUUGUGAAAGGGUUUUUGAAACGAGGGGAAAGAAUGAAUGAACUUAUCAUUGCUUACAUUCUACAUGAAGCACUUAUGGGACUUCAGCAUUUGCAUGAAAACAAAACCAUUCACCGUGAUAUCAAGGGAAAUAACAUCCUGUUAACCACUGAAGGAGGUGUUAAACUUGUGGAUUUUGGUGUUUCGGCUCAACUGACCAGCAGUCGUCUCCGACGGAAUACGUCAGUAGGGACUCCCUUUUGGAUGGCUCCUGAGGUUAUUGCAUGUGAGCAACAGUUGGAUAGUUCUUAUGAUGCCAGAUGUGAUGCAUGGUCACUGGGUAUCACUGCUAUUGAAUUAGGUGAUGGAGACCCACCUUUGGCCGAUUUGCAUCCCAUGAGAGCUUUGUUCAAAAUACCAAGAAAUCCACCUCCAACAUUAAGGCAGCCAGAACUAUGGUCAUCUGAAUUCAAUGACUUUAUCAGCAAGUGUUUAACAAAAGAUUAUGAGAAACGUCCAACUGUGUCUGACCUGCUGCAGCAUGAUUUUGUGAAACAGGUGGAAGGCAAGGAGAAUAUCCUGCAGAUGCAACUGAUGGAAUUCAUUGAAGUUCACCAGCAAAUGGGAGUCACAGAAAAAGCAAGAUUUGAGCGCAUUCAUACCAAGAAAGGGAAUUACAUUAGGUCUCCUGUUGGAAACCAGGAGGAUGUAGAUGAUCUGGCAACUUUGGAAGUGUUAGAUGAGAACACAGUAACUGAGCAACUUCAGAAGAGCUACGCCAGGGAUCAGAUCUACACCUACGUGGGAGACAUUCUUAUUGCAGUCAAUCCUUUUCGGAACUUAGAUCUUUAUGCUACACAGCAUUCUAGACUUUACAUUGGGGCCAAACGGACUGCCAAUCCUCCUCAUAUUUUUGCUGUGGCAGAUAUUGCCUACCAGUCCAUGGUCACAUACAAUUCAGAUCAGUGUAUUGUCAUUUCUGGGGAAAGUGGAGCAGGAAAGACCCAGAGUGCCCACCUUUUGGUCCAACAGCUGACUGUCCUUGGAAAGGCUAAUAACAGGACUCUUCAGGAAAAGAUUCUCCAAGUCAAUAAUCUGCUGGAGGCAUUUGGAAAUGCGGGCACUAUUAUUAAUGAUAAUUCGAGCAGAUUUGGAAAGUAUCUAGAAAUGAAAUUCACUUCCAGUGGAACUGUUGUGAGCGCUCUGAUUUCAGAAUAUCUUUUAGAAAAAUCUAGAGUCAUACAUCAAGCUGUAGGUGAGAAGAAUUUCCAUAUUUUUUAUUACAUCUACGCUGGCUUGGCAGAAAAGAAAAAGCUAGCUCACUAUAAAUUACCAGAAAAUAAGCCCCCCAGGUAUCUGCAGAAUGAACAUUUGAGAACAGUGCAAGAUUUUAUGAACAAUAGCUUCUACAAAUCCCAAUUUGAAUUAAUUGAACAGUGCUUCAAAGUGAUUGGGUUUACAAUGGAGGAACUAGGAAGCGUAUACAGCAUUCUUGCUGCCAUUUUAAAUGUGGGCAACAUUGAAUUUUCUUCUGUGGUUACUGAGUAUAUGAUUGACAAGAGCAUCAUUUCCAAUCCAACGCCUCUUGAAAACUCUGCUUCCUUGUUGUGCAUUCAGGCAGAUGAGUUGCAAGAAGCUCUAACCUCUCAUUGUGUGGUGACCCGAGGGGAAACCAUUAUACGACCCAACACGAUGGAAAAGGCCACUGAUGUCAGAGAUGCCACAGCCAAAGCAUUGUAUGGGCGACUCUUUAGUUGGAUAGUCAACCGCAUCAAUGCAUUGCUCAAGCCAGAUACAUGUUUAAACAUAAGUGAUGAAGGACUAAACAUCGGGAUCCUUGAUAUCUUUGGGUUUGAAAAUUUCAAAAAGAAUUCAUUUGAACAGCUCUGCAUCAAUAUUGCCAAUGAACAGAUUCAGUUCUACUUCAAUCAGCAUGUUUUUGCCUGGGAGCAGAACGAAUAUUUGUAUGAAGGUGUUGAUGCACGAGUCAUUGAGUACGAAGACAAUAGACCCCUGUUAGACAUGUUCCUACAAAAACCAAUGGGAUUAUUGUCCCUCCUGGAUGAGGAAAGCCGCUUUCCCAGAGCUACAGAUCAGACACUUGUAGAAAAAUUUGAAGACAAUCUAAAAUCAAAAUAUUUCUGGAGACCCAAACGAAUGGACUUGACCUUUGGAAUAUAUCAUUAUGCAGGCAAGGUUCUUUAUAAUGCAACUGGAUUCCUAGCCAAAAAUAGAGACACCUUGCCUGCUGAUAUUGUGCUGCUCUUGCGAUCUUCUGAAAAUUAUUUGACCAGGCAGUUGGUAAUCCACCCGCUUACUAAAACAGGUAAUUUGGCACAUUCUAAGAGCAAGACUGCUAUCAACUACCAGACGUGGACUCCACAGAAAUCAAUCAGCCAAAACAAGCUGGAUAUCUUUGUGUUGUGCAAUUCGUAUUCCUUCCGUGAGAGUGAGCCAGAGGAUUCUACACAUCAUCCAAGAGAAACAACCAAUAUGAAAACACAAACAGUUGCUUCAUAUUUCAGAUACUCAUUAAUGGAUUUAUUAUCCAAAAUGGUGGUGGGCCAGCCACACUUUGUUCGUUGCAUUAAGCCAAACAACGAUCGCCAGGCAAACAAGUUUGACAGAGAAAAGGUACUGGUUCAGCUGCGUUAUACUGGCAUUCUGGAAACGGCACGGAUUCGAAGGCAGGGCUUUUCUCAUCGCAUCCUCUUUGCUAACUUCAUAAAGCGAUAUUAUCUCCUUUGUUACAAAUCAAGUGACAACCCUCCUGUUAGCCCUGAAACCUGUGCUGCCAUCUUGGAAAAAGCCCAGCUUGAUAACUGGAUACUGGGGAAAACUAAGGUCUUUCUCAAGUACUACCAUGUAGAACAGCUGAAUUUAAUGCGAAAGGAAACAAUCGACAGAAUUGUUUUGAUUCAAGCAUGUGUCAGAGGAUGGCUUGGUUCAAAAAGAUACAGAAAACUAAAGGAAAAAAGGGAAGAAAGUGCAAUUAAAAUACAGUCAGCUUACAGGGGAUAUGUUACUCGCAAAGAGUAUUUAGCUGCAAAGAACAGACACAAAAUGGAAUUACGCAUUACCAGACUUCAGGCUGUUGCAAGAGGAUACUUAAUCAGAAAGAAGAUUAAAGAAGAAAAGGAUGCAAAUAAAGCAGCAACAACAAUUCAGUCUCAUUUUAAGGGAUACAGGGAAAGAAAGAGUUUCAGAAGGAAAAGGGAAUCACUCCUCAGAAAGCAACGGACGGAAAUGGCAGCUAACCCAGGAGAAAAGAAAGAAAUACAAAUUCCAGAAGUGGAGAGUGAGACAACUGCCAUUCGAAACUCUCCGCCACGUACAGAUGAGGAAGCUGCUGUCAUUCUGCAGAGUAAUUACCGGGGUUACAGAGAACGUAAAAAGUUCAAAGAACAGUGUGAGAAAAAAGAUGGUGGACAUGUUGAGCAGAGCUCCCUUGUAGAUGUUGAGGACAGUUCAGGUGCUAUACAGAACACUUCCCCUACUGAAGAGGAAGCUGCUCUUGUCCUUCAAAGUAACUACCGGGGCUACCGAGAGCGUAAAAAGUUCAAGGAGCAGCACAAGAAAAUGGCAAGUGAGGAACAGAGCACUUCUCCAGCUGUUGUCCCAAACUCUCCUCCCCAUUCUGAAGAAGAAGCAGCUAUUAUCCUUCAAAGCAACUUCCGAGGUUACAGAGAACGGAAAAGGGUAAAGCAACAGUGCUGUAACAAAACGGCAGAGACUGAGCCUUCUUCAACCCAAAGUCUCCAAUUGGCUGAAAAUAUAGUAUCAGAUAUGGAAGCUGGAAUGGACCAACAAGAUACAGCUGCGGUGUUGAUUCAAAACAUUUCCUGCUUGGAUGGAAAGGCACCAGAGGAGAACAAAGAAACACUUUUCAGGAGAAGUUCAUCACGGAAACAAAAGCCUCCAGAGGAUGACAAAAAACAGUCCAGUCCCAGCCCCUCUUCAAAGAAAGCAUCUAUCAAAAAAGCAGGUGAAGCUAGCCAGCAGCAGAGUCCUCAGGAAAGAAGAGGGACAAAUGAGAAAAAUCAGACUCCCGUCGUUCUGUGUGAUAGUCACUUGGAGAGAGGCUCUCUGAAGCACAGCCAGCCAAUUCCCAGCGAAAACAAAGCAAAUGUAAGAAAAGGUUCCCUGAGAGGUUCUCAGAAACAUAUUGAAGCCAGCAAAUCAGCCUCAGGAGACAAAGAGAAGGCAGCGUUAGUCAUUCAGAGUAAUUACCGAGGAUACAGAAGACGAGGACAGCUCAGGAAAGAAGGGAAAUUGCCUUGUGAAAACCAAGAGAGAGCCCACAGUGAGCUGAGAGGCAGUGGCCGAAGUCAGAGUCCUGGCUGUAGGGCAACUUUCAAAGAGAGGCGCAGCUCUGGCACCCAAGUGGAGGGCCUUAAUAAUGUUGUAAAAGAGGACCCAGAGAAGGAAAAGUCUGAUCUGGCAGCUUUCUCCAGGCAGAUAUCAAAGUUAUCAGAAGACUAUAUGGUGCUGCAGCAAAAAUUGAAUGAAAUGAUUCUCUCACAUCAGCUGAGACCUGUGAUGCUGUCUAAAGAGAAGCAAACAAAUGGUCACCUUUCCCUUCGUGCAUCUCAGCCAGCUGCUUCCAAACCAGAGGAUACUCAGACUGUUCAGAGAAGCCCAAGGAGACCUCAACAACCUAAGAUGCUGAAUAACCCUGAAGAUUCCACAUAUUACAGUCUUAUACAUAAAUCAGUGCAGGAUGAAAAACGGAAACCAAGAAAAAACAGCCUGGGGAAGAUACUAGAUGUAGAAGAUCUGUACUACCAAGAAUUUUCACCCACUGAUUUAAUCUCAAAUGAUGGUCAUACCAGCACAAGAGAAAAUAAACCACCACGAGAGCCUAGAACUUCAAUAUUAAAGAUUAGCGAAGGGCCAAAGAUCACUGGGAAUCCUCUGGAAGAGAGCAAGACCAAGGAGAAUCCUUACGACUAUCGAAAGUUGCUACGAAAAACCUCUCAACGCCGACGCCUUAUUCAGCAAUAUUAGCUUCUGCUGUUGCUUACUUUUUCCAGUAUAAUCUCUGCCCCCUUUUUGUAUGGUUUUAUACUGUAUUCUUCUCUUCUUAAUGCAUCUCUCUUCCUCGCUCUUUGGCUGUUGAAGUCAACUGUGUGUUUUACAUUUCAACACACAGGAUUAUAGUAGAGCCUGUCAGGGAAAGAUGCCAUGGUUUUAAAUAUGAAUUUGCUGGUGUUCUUGGGGUUGUUUUUUUUAAAGAAAAUGAACAGAUGUGUGAAAAUUAUUUUAUUAGUAAACCAUAACUUAUUAAAACCUAGAUAAUCUAAAAAAAAGAAAUAAUGUCUCUCAAUUGUUUUUCAUUUUUUCUAUAAUUGCAUAGCAAAAUUUCAAUUUAAAAGGACUGCUUUGGCUUUUAAAGCACCCAGGCACACACAUUAAUAGAAGCAAUUUUGUACAAAUGGAAACCUUUGGAAAUGAUGUUGAGGCAUAAUGAAGUGCAUUUCUGAGUGAUGUUGGGUAUUCUCUGCCCUUUUCCUUCCCCCAAAAAAACAACGUAUGAUAAUAAAUUCUUUCAGAAUGCUUCUAAGAUGGAUGAACAUCUGGACAUGUUCCUGGUGGAUUAUCUGAAUUGUUCCUGGACAACCAUGUUCAUUUUGAUAAUGAUUGUAUUAGAAGUCUGUUAGAUCCCUGUUGGAACACAAAUUGGUAUUGUGCAUCUGUAGAAUAGUUUACAUGCUGUUUAAAUAGAGGUAUAUGAACAAAAAUGCACACA